UGGCUUUACAGAAUCUGGUCUCACUUUGUAGUGCAUAAAAUGGAAAAAUAAUCAUAAAUAAAAAUAAGCAAUUCGACACACAGUUUAAACAACAUAAACGCACACAAUAAAUCUACUAAUGCGCAUUUACAAACCGAGCAGCAUAACGUGCGACGACCAAGCUGUGCGCAACACAAGCAAAACACGACGACGACAACAGCAACAACAAAACCCAGAAGAGAAACAACAACAUCAUCUGCGGGCAAUCGAAAUCUGAAUUUGAGUUGCCAUGUCAGCUCCACUCACACGAAAUGUACCGUAUUUAAAACAGCAGCUAACUGCUCUGCUGCACAAUACGUCGCCAGUGAUAACAUUGAUCUGUUUAGUGACAACAGUGGGCUAUCUGUUAUCCUAUUCGGAGACAGCAGUAUUGCUGCUAAGCGUAACGCCUGGCUAUUUAUUGCCCAACGGUAAAUUUUGGAUAUGGACCGCCUUUACCUUCUGCUUCAUCGAGCUACACUGGUGGGAGGUGAUGGUGGAUGUGGUCACAGUGGGACUGUGCGGCAAAAUGUUGGAGCCUCUCUGGGGUCAAUUCGAAAUGUUCAAAUUUUUCGCACUAAGCAAUUUCGGCGUUUCGCUCGUAACGACGAUAUAUUAUCUAUUCUACUAUAUGGUUACGAAGAAUCCAACAAUAUUAUUCGAUGUACACAUUCAUGGCUUGGCUGGUUAUGUGGCUGGCAUCUGUGUGGCUGUGCGGCAAAUAAUGCCGGAUCAUCUCAUCUUCAAGACACGCUACGGACGACUGACUAAUCGAAACGUUCCUUUGUCUGUGCUCAUCUUGGCCAUCAUUUGCUGGGCGAUUGGCAUGCUGGAUGGCACAUAUCCGGCCAUGUUUGCCUCUGGUGCUAUUGUCUCUUGGAUCUAUUUGCGCUUUUAUCAGCAUCAUCCAAAUGGACGUGGCGACAGCUCUGAGAGUUUCACCUUCGUCAGCUUUUUUCCCAAUGUGACACAACCCUUUAUCAGCCUCCUAGUGAAUCCCAUAUAUAAUUGUUGUUUGCGCGCUGGCGUUGUGAAGGCGCCCUCGCCGUUGCGUACGAUCUCAACAGCAAGCUUGACUUCCGUAUCGGUGCAAAUGCCUGGAGUGGAUCCGCAUGAUAUUGAGCGUAGGCGACAAAUCGCUCUAAAGGCUUUGAGUGAGCGACUUAAGGCAACGGACUCCACACGUCACGCGCAGCUGCCCAAAUCUUUUCCUCAGCAACAGCAGCUGCAGCAGCAUCAGCAUCAUCAUAACCAACAUCAUCAGCAUCAACAUCACCACCAGCAUCAACAGCAACACAAGCAACAUAGCCACAGUCAUGGCCAUAAUCAUGGUCACAGUCACGGCCACAGUCAUGGCCAUCCAUCUGGAGCUGGUGCUGGUGCAGCACCCCAGCCGGAUUUCGUCAGGCCUGCAGCUCAGCAAUUGCAACCGAUUACAACGGCGCAUGCUGAGCCACGCAUGAUCAGCACGAUGAGCCCCAUUGCAAUACCCAUGCCGGCGCCGCCGCCCAAAGAGGAGGAGCAAACGAAUGAGACGCUUAUCCAAUUGGAUGCAGAAUCCAAUUAGACAGUUUAUAUAUAUACAUAUGUAU